AUGUUGACUUGUGAAAAAAGUGAAAUAAUAACACCGUCAAUACCGGAUCCAUUACAAACAGCGCUGGAAAAUUUACCUUUAAUACAUAAUGCGGAUGAUAAGAGUUUACAACAAGCUACCAUCAAUGCGGAAAGUAACGAUACGGAGGAAAAGGUAUCAUUCAAACGAGGCCAUCGUCGUCUUUCCUCAUAUGAAUCGGUACAGAUUCAAUUGACGCAUCAUCCGCGAUCCCCAAAAUUUCAUCGCAAUAUCCGUUGGAUAAAUAACAAUUCCUUAACUACAUCGGGUUCUUUUAUGAACCAUUUUUCACGCUCAAUUUCUUUCAAAGAUUAUAAUAAUGUAGAAGGAGUUUGUAAUCAACGUUCUGAUAAUUCAUCACUUGCUAGUUCAAUGACUGUUACUGCUAAUGGUGUUAUAACAACUACAACUUCAGCUACUACUGCCACAGCUCAUGAUUCUGCAAUCGGUGAGUCGUUGAGUUCGAAAUGGAGUUCAUUGGACCGUCGUAGUGAAUUAUCGGCUGGGAUCACCCGUGACGAUGAAGUUGAUAGCAUUGAUGAUGAAGAUAGAAAUAGCGAUGACGGCGUUAAUGUGGACACCAUGGUUGAUGAUAAGAUGCGGAAGCGAAGUAAAAAGGGUGGACGGAAUGCAUUUUCACUGUUGUCCAAUAGCUUUGCAAGAAAAUUAUUUUCCCGUAAUAAACAACAAGAGCAUCAACGCACAAGUUCUUGGCGAAUAUUUGGAAGUAAGCAGUGGAAAAGUAAUGAUCGAGGAAUAAAUGCUUCUACAUCAACUGAUGCAUCGUGCAGUUCUGUAACUGAUGAUAUAUGCUGCUCUACUACCGGUUUGAUUCUGGAAGAUAGGCCAAGUACCCUACCAGCGAAAUCAGUAGCAGAACAACGGCGUCAUGAAGCGCAAUAUUUGGCACUUAUCGAAGCAACUAAACGUCAGGAGGCUAAACGUUUACGUCAACGACAGCAACUGUUGGAAAUAAAGCGAAAAGAGGAGGAUGAAACGGCUGCCGCGGCUGAAAUGUGGUGCAAUCGAAUUUUACCUAGCUGGGAAAAUAUGAAAGAUAGCAAACAUUGUCGUGACUUAUGGUGGCGUGGUAUACCCUCAAAAGCACGUGGCCAUGUUUGGUCCCUGGCUAUCGGCAAUGAGUUAAAUUUAACACCGGAAUUAUACGAAAUCUGUGUUACUCGAGCAAGACAACAUGCUUUUGCUACAACUAUAAUAGAACAGUGUGAUGCUGAUAGUUCCUCAGUUACUGGCUUUAUAGGUGUCGAUCAGCAACUAUUCAUUCCAUCUAUUUUUCCAAAAGCAAACUGUGGUAUGGAAAGACCAAUAGGACGUGAAAGUACGCUUGAGCUGAUUCAUUUGGAUGUUUCUCGAACCUUCCCACAUUUGGGUUUUUUCCAGAAGGGUGGACCAUAUGAAGAGUUGCUUUUGGAUUUGUUAGGUGCUUAUGUAUGCUACCGUCCGGAUAUUGGUUAUGUGCAGUCGAUGUGCUUUCUUGGCGCCAUGAUUCUUCUUCAAAUACAUCAGUCAUAUCAGUCGUUUCAGGCAUUUGCCAAUUUACUUAAUCGACCACUGAUGCUGGCAUUUUUUGGAUUGCGACAACCUCAAAUGACAGUCUAUUUCAUUGCAUAUGAUCAAUAUUUCGAGCAGGAAUUACCUAAGCUCCAUCAUCAUUUUGAUGUACUGGAUGUUCGUCCCGACAUGAUAUAUACACUUUAUGCAAAAUCAUUACCAUUUGAUGUUUGUUGUCGUGUUUGGGAUGUGUUUUUGCGGGAUGGUGAACAGUUUGUAUUUAAUACUGCUCUCGGUAUCAUGCAUUUAUAUGAGUAUGAGCUGGAAAAUAUGAACGACUUUGAUGCUGUAGUCCAUUUCCUUACGCAUUUGCCGGAAUCUAUAAAUGUUAAUCAACUAUUUGAUGCUAUUGAACCUUUCAUAAAAUCUUGCGGUUCAACUUCGGAGCAUGGGAAUGGAAAAAAGCGUACUUUUCAACAGAUUCAUUCAGAUGUCAGUGAACGCAUAGCUCAAGCGGCUGUAAUGGCCGAUAGUAGCGGGAAAUCUGGUUUGUUUUCACCCUCGAUGGAUACAUUAUGUCGAAAUAGAGAGCCUUCUGUCCGAGAUUGUGGAGGAGAAUCAUGCAAAUCUUUCGCGACAAACGACACAGCUUUAUAUAAUGCUGGCGAGCAGCAAGCGGAAACUCUACGUUUAAAUCUAUGCAACAUGAAAAUGAGUAAAAGCUUGAGCGAAUUCGUAGAUGAUUUCCUACGAGGCUCAUCUACAAGGAAAGACGAUGUACAUGCUGAUGUUUAUCCGAAGAGUAGAGCGCCUACUGCUGUUUAA